AUGGCCGACACAGCAGCCGGCCCGACGCGGCCGCAGCGGCGCUCCUCGCCGCUCAAGAACGGCUACCUGAUCCUCUACAACUUCGUCUCCGCCGUCGCCUGGGCCACCGUCCUCGGCCGCACCGUCGCCCUCUUCACCCUCCGCGGCCCGCACUUUGUGCACCUCGGCGUCGGCGACUGGACGCGCUGGACACAGACCAUGGCCGCCAUGGAGAUCCUCCACGCGCUGCUCGGCGUCGUCCGCGCCCCCGUCUUCACGACCGUCAUGCAGGUCCUCAGCCGCUUCGUCCUCGUCUGGGGCGUCGUCUACCCCUUCCCCUCGCUCGCACGCAGCACCUGGUACUCGUCCAUGCUGCUCGCCUGGAGCGUCACCGAGGUCAUCCGCUACUCGUACUUCGCCCUCAACCUCAGCGGCUUCCAGCCCAAGCCCCUGACCUGGCUGCGCUACAACACCUUCUUUGUGCUGUACCCCAUCGGCAUCACCAGCGAGUGCGCGCUCAUCUACUACGCCGCCGAGCCCGCCAAGCAGUUCGGCGAGGUGUUCCCCUACGUCUCGUACACCAUCCUGGCCAUUUACGUUCCUGGCUCGUACAUUCUGUACACCUACAUGAUGAAGCAGAGGAGCAAGGUCAUGCGCAACUUGAAGGCCGAGGAGGCGGGCCGCUCAAAAACUCAGUGA